UUGUUUGUGAGCUCCCCCUGUGCGCCUCGCACUCAGCUGUACAGGCAAGUGAUGUGACCGAAGCGAUGUAGCGGCUGCUGUUGCUUCACUUCAAACCCCCACGGCGUAUGGAAAUAAACAGGGAAGGGGACAUUUUGAGAGUCCAGGUGUGGAGCACAGAGGACGGGGCCCAGCCACUCUCGCAGCCGCGUAGAUGGAGCGGCUCCACUGGGUGCAGCAUCGCUGUCGGAGUCUGCUAGCGGGAGACUCGGGGCGAGGCUGGUACUCUGCCCCCGAUGGCCUGCCCAGCAAAAGCUCCCCGGACGCCCACUGUUCUCCGCACAGAGUCAGUGGGAAGCGGAGGACGGUGUCUGCCCAACACGGGCCCCACCAACACGAGCACGAAGCCGUCUCCAAAAGCUACAAGGGCAACGCCAUCCGCACCACCAAGUACAGACUCCUGACUUUCAUCCCCAUGAACCUGUUCGAGCAGUUCCACAGGGCUGCCAACCUCUACUUCCUGUUCCUGGCAUUAUUGAACUGGGUUCCAGUAGUUGAAGCCUUUCAGAAGGAAAUUACCAUGAUUCCUCUGCUGGUGGUUCUCACCGUUAUCGCCAUCAAAGACGCCCUGGAAGACUACAGGCGGUAUUUGUUCGACAAGAAAGUCAACAACAACGUCGCCCGGGUGUUCUGUGGCAAGCAGAAAGCCUACAUCGACCAGUGCUGGAAGGACGUGCGAGUGGGAGACUUCGUCCGUCUGUCCUGUAAUGAAAUCAUCCCUGCUGACAUGCUGCUGCUGUACUCCUCUGACCCCCGUGGGGUUUGUUACAUCGAGACCGCCAACCUGGACGGAGAGACCAACCUGAAACAGAGACAGGUGGUCCCAGACCUCCCACUACAGGGAGCAGAGUUCACACCUGAGACCUUCCACAGCCGUAUUGAGUGUGAGAACCCCAACAAUGACCUCAGCAGGUUCAGAGGCUACAUGGAGCACUCCAGUGGGGUUCGUGUAGGCCUCCAUAACAGCAACCUCCUGUUGAGGAGCUGCACCAUCCGCAACACUGAGACUGUGGUGGGCAUCGUGGUCUAUGCUGGUCACGAGACCAAAGCCAUGAUGAACAACAGCGGGCCGAGGUACAAGCGCAGCCAGCUGGAGAAGCGCCUGAACACAGACGUCCUGUGGUGUGUGGUCCUCCUCAUCGUCAUGUGUCUGAUCUCUGCCGUAGGUCACGGCCUCUGGCUGAAGAACCUCAAAGACCCUAUCUUUGUGGUGGAUGGGGAGACGGCUCCUGCCCUGGCUGGAUUCUACGUCUUCUGGACCAUGAUCAUUGUGCUGCAGGUGCUGAUUCCCAUUUCCCUGUAUGUGUCCAUUGAGAUCGUGAAACUGGGCCAAAUCUACUUCAUCCACAACGACUUAGCUCUGUACAACGAGCAGCUGGACUCCAGGAUCCAGUGCCGGGCCCUCAACAUCACCGAGGACCUGGGUCAGAUCCAGUACCUGUUCUCCGAUAAGACGGGAACUCUGACGGAAAACAAGAUGGUGUUCCGCCGCUGCAGCAUCUAUGGGGUGGAAUACCCUCAUGAGGAAAAUGCUCGGAGGCUGGAGGUGUACGAGGCGGAGAAGGACAAGGCAGCCGGGCGCUCUGUGACGCUGAAGUCGGGCUGCAGCGGCAAAUCUCUGAGCUGUCGCUCUCUCAGCUGCAACCGCAGCUCCGUGUCUCUGCACACGCUCACCGCUGAGUCGGAGGACGAGGAGGACCAGCUGUCCAAUCCCAGCAACCAGCCCAGGACCAGUGCCUUCAGCAGCCGCAUGGCGAAGGAAGUGGUGCCAGACCCCGAGCUGCUGAGGAAGCUGAACUGGUUAUGCUCUCCCAUGCUGCCUCUGAACGAGGGCUCCUCUGGGAGUCCGUCCAGCCGGGAGCUCACCUACAUCACCGACUUCUUCCUGGCUCUGGCCAUCUGUAACAGCGUGGUGGUCUCCUCGCCCAGUCAGCCUCGACAUGUGGUGCCUGAAGCACGAACACCUCUCAAAUCCCUGGAGGAAAUCAAGCUGAUGUUCCAGCGCUUCAGCUUCUCCCCUUUCUCGGCCCUCUCCACCCUCUCCCCUCCCCAGAUCAAAGGCAGCCCUCGCAGCUUCACCAGCAGGCUCUUCACCCGGGGGAAGGCCGGCUCCUUCACCUUCUCCCCGUCCCCCAGCAGCACCACCGCAGACACAGGGUCAGACCCGGGGCAAGAGAGCAGCCUCGAAACCUCCACCCUGAGGCCUAAGCUGGACUCAUCUGCCGGAGGGGAGGGAGGAAAUGCUGGACAGAUGGAGGAUGCGGACGCAGAAGAUGACAGUAAGGAUAUACAGACAAACCCUGACGGGUCGAGACAAGAUGUGGACGUGGACUCUGAGAGUGACUGCGAUGAUGACCUGCUGUAUGAGGCAGAGAGUCCAGACGAGGCGGCUCUGGUCCACGCGGCCCGGGCGUACCGCUGCACCCUGAGGGGACGCUCUGCAGAGGGCCUGCUGGUGGAUCUGCCAGGAAUCGGCUCUCUGGCUGUCCAGCUGCUUCACAUCCUGCCCUUUGACUCCAACAGGAAGAGAAUGUCAGUGGUGGUCCGCCACCCGCUCACAGGACAGGUGGUCGUUUACACCAAGGGAGCCGACUCUGUCAUCAUGGACCUGGCUGAGACACCUAAAGGCGCAGAACAAGCUCAGGACAUCUACAAUCACAUCAGAGAACAAACGCAAAAGCACUUAGACAGCUACGCCAGAGAAGGCCUCCGCACUCUCUGCAUCGCUAAGAAGGUUCUGGAGGAGGAGGAGUACGAAGUGUGGCUGAAGAGACAGCUGGUGGCAGAGAGCAGCAUCGAGAACCGAGAGGAGCUGCUGCUGGAGUCGGCUCAGAGGCUGGAGACCAACCUCACCCUGCUGGGUACCACAGGGAUUGUGGACAGACUGCAGGAGGAGGUCCCAGAGACCAUCGAGGCUCUUCAGAGGGCUGGGAUCAAAGUCUGGGUCCUGACUGGAGACAAACAGGAGACAGCCAUUAACAUUGCCUAUGCCUGCAAACUGCUCCGUCCCAACGACCAACUGCUGACAGCCAACUGUGGAAGCAAGGAUGCAUGUGCAGCUUUACUUGAGGAGCUCAAACUGGAAGUGCAGCGUGGUGCGGACAGCGUGACUGAGCUGGCUGCAGCAGAGACUCAUGGGGAAUCCUCCCCAGCAGGCAGUGUGGAGAGCUUCGUUCUGGUUAUAGACGGCCAGACGCUGGACUGGGCCCUUCAGGAGGAGCUGAAGAGUGACUUCCUGGACCUGAGCCGGAGAUGCAAGGCCGUCAUCUGCUGCAGGUCCACGCCGCUGCAGAAGAGCCAGGUGGUCCGGCUGAUCCGGGACCAGCUGGGCGUCAUGACCCUGGCUGUGGGUGAUGGAGCCAAUGACGUGAGCAUGAUUCAGAUGGCUGAUGUGGGCAUUGGGAUAUCUGGGCAGGAGGGGAUGCAGGCUGUGAUGUCCAGUGACUUUGCCAUCUCCAGGUUUAAACACCUCAGCAAGCUGCUGCUGGUUCACGGUCACUGGUGUUACUCUCGGCUUGCAAACAUGGUCCUCUACUUCAUCUACAAGAACGUGAUGUAUGUGAAUCUGCUGUUCUGGUAUCAGUUCUUCUGUGGUUUCUCUGGGAGCGUCAUGACCAACUCCUGGGUGCUCAUCUUCUUCAACCUGCUCUUCACCUCCGUCCCUCCUCUCAUCUACGGCGUCCUGGACCGAGACACUCCUGCACACACUCUGAUGGAGUUUCCUGAGCUCUACCAGGCUGCGCAGACCUCUAAGGUCUACGUUCCCUACAUGUUCUGGAUCACAGUCCUGGAUGCCUUUUACCAAAGCCUCGUCUGCUUCUUUGUGCCUUACUUUGCGCUCGCAGGAUCAGACGUUGGGGUGCUGUCGUUCGGAUCUCCCAUCAACGCCUCAGCUCUGCUCAUCAUCCUGCUGCACCAAGUCCUGGAGAGUCACACUCUGACAUGGAUUCAUAUCCUGGUGCUGGUGCUCAGUGGUGCUUUCUACUUUGGCUUUGUGCUGGUCUUCAGUGUGUUGUGCGUGAGCUGCAGCCCCCCCACCAACCCUCUGGGGGUGGAAACGCUCCAGAUGUCCCAGCCUCUCUUCUACAUCAUAUGUACUGUCACAGUAGUGACCGCUCUGUUACCCAGGGUGUUGUUUCGAGCUCUGCACAGCACCUUACGCCGCUCUGCUGCUCUCAGAUUAGCUCAGAUGGACAAAGCGGAUGCAGAGCAGUACCACAAGAGGAUGCAGCGCUGGAACCUGAGCCACUCCAGAGUCCACAGAGUGCCAGUGUGUGCCGACAACCCCAGCCUGGAGCCCAGCUCAGCCUCAGUGGUUUCCUGACAUCCCUAUAUAUAUAUAUAUAUACACACAGACACACACAUGCAUACACAAACAGGCAUGGAGCUGUGUCCCCCUUCAGUCGGGUGGAGCGGGCAGACUCAUACCAAGUGUAUGAUCUGUCCAGUGAAAGAAAAGCCUGUCGAUGUUAACAUGCUGGAUUCAAGUGCCUGUCGCUGGCAGACAGAGUCUUUGGUGCAGCUCUGCUCAGUAACUGCUCAUUUAACUACAUGUCAACAGCCAAAGAAGUCUUGGUGAGAUGAUUUUUUUUUUCCAUGAGGGGGAAAAAAAAAAAAGUUGAAACAUCUCACCAAGCAAUUUAUAAGAACAGAAGCUUCUGACCAAUCAUGUACAACAUUCAGAGACGAGGAUAUACGCAUGGAGGAGCUGUAGGUAUCACUUUGAACAUCAGGAGACCAUCAGCUUAUUUAACCUUCUGACGUGCGUCAUAAAGGAACGAGACCAGCGUCUACUGGCCUUCGGUUUGCGCGGCAGUUGACAUAGUGGAACAGGAAGUCCUCUGGACCGACGUACGCCGGUCAAGGCUACGUUCACGCUGUUGGUGAAAGUGACCGAAUCAGAUUUGAUUUCUCAUGUAUGACUUGACUUCCAUCCACAAGCUUGUGACCGUCCCCACAGAGGACAGAGGACAGAGUUAUGGUGGAGUUGGUUGAUACUUGAACAGAGAAGGUUUGUUACUGCCUGCUUUAUGAAUUUAAAAUGCCGUCGUUUGACUGAAUUGACUGAACAAGUUUCAGUGUCUGUGUGAAGGAAGCAGGCAGGAUGAGGAAGCAACAAUGUGAGAAGCCAUAGUGGCACCAGCACGGCUGCUGUGUGUGUGUGUUGAUCCAGGUGUUAACUACAGGAUGUAAGUUCCUUUUUGAUCGAGAUCGUGUUUCAUGGCAUUGAAGAUCGAUAUCGCACUGCCCGAUGAUGAACAAAUGGCCCCGGCAUGCUCACCGCGGUUGGAAUGUGUUUACGCUGCUGUGAGCUGUGGACGGGGUGUGUCAAACAUGGGUUUUUAGAGAAGCUGAAAUGCACAGCCUGGUUUUUUUUUUGGUUUUGGGGGUAAAUGAAGGACAGAUCAGUGAGCCAUAUUGACCUCAAUGUUGGACCAGGUUUAUUUAUUAGCUGAUCUUGUGUUACUGUAAUCUACAUUCUCCAUACUGAGCCUCACUGCCUCACCGACAAAGGCCUGCAGUUUACAUCCAUGAAGGACGUGACAGGGCUCGGUGUAGAACACAGACUGAAGCUGAGCUGUUUGUCUGAAUUCUUCUCCGUCAGACUAAAUCAGGAUUUGACAGACAUUUUUUUUUUCCCCAUUAGCCCCCAGUGUGUAACAUUUUCCCAGCUCAAUGUUUUCAUAUUAUUAAUAUUUUAAUAAUGGCUACGCCUUUAAUGAUCCCCACACCACCACCACCAGCACCAUCAGUGAGAAUGUGUGUGUGUGUGUGUGUGUGUAAAUAGGUGAAUAAAGGCUCAUUGUAAAGCACUUUGUCUGCUAAGGUAGAAAAGCAUGUGCCAGUGCUUUGCAUCUACCAUUUAUUAUUUAUACUGUCUCAGUGUUUAGAGCAUCAGCUGCACAUUUCUCACAGAAAUAAAAGCUGAGUUGUGUUUUAGGUUGUGUAAAAUCUAAUCACGUCUUCGAACUUCACCUGAAGGUAAACGGAUAUUAUUAUUUAUCAUAAAUGUGAUUUUUAAGAACAUCUCUGUUCCAGGGCACUGCUGUUUAGACAACAACUGUGUGUUUCUGACCAGAAUUCUGUUAAUACACUUGUUUGACCACGUGAGAUGUGACAGGUUUGUUGUGGGUUUUUGACUGAAAUGCAGACCAUUAUAAUACAAUCUUAGAUCGGUUAACCAGAUCAAAUAACAGCCUGGUUGUGUCGGGUCAAGCGUGUGAAGACUAUUAUGUGAAAUAGAAGACCAGAGCAAACCAGUUCAGCCAGUCAGGAUUCAAUCAAAGCAGCAAGUUUAAAGUGAAGUGACCUCACUGUCUCUGUGCGUGUCUGUGGAUGACGAUGUUUUGUCAGCCUUAACUUUGAUGCAGUACUUUCAGGUUCUGACCUUCCUACAGAACCCUGAAUGACUAGUCACUGAUGAAGAUUUUUUAUAUUGUGUACUGAUUCUUUUUGUUUUGUUUUUUUUUUAUUGUAUAUUAAAUAUAAACCUCCAAGGACUGUUUGUACAGAUGUUUGUUUCAGACAUUGCAAUAAUUAAAAAAUUAAAACAAAAAAAAA